ACUUGAAAAGUUGUUUGGACCCUUCCUUUUUUUUUUUUUUUUGGUCUUUCUUAUAUAUCAUAUGUUAUCCCUAUUUAAUCUCACUUUGUUAUCAGCAAAAUAAAUAUUAUUAAUUGGGCUUUGGGCGUUUAAAUUAAAAAAGAUAAUUUAAAUUCCACUAGUUGACUGUUGGGAUUUGGAAGCAAGGUACUUGAGAAAGUUCCCAGGUGAGUUAGGGUCCCACAUGGCGUCGGUGAGUCAGAUCCCUUUCCAGCUAUACUCAUACCGAGUUUUGGAAAGAGAGAAAAUGAAUCCAACAAACUCAAAAGAAAGCAGUAGUACAGAGGCAAGCGAAUCAGAAGUUGAAGAUCCACCUAAUGCCGUGAUAAUAAGAGAUACAAAGUCUUUGUGUUUAGAUACAAUAUCUGAAUACUCGGAUACAAGAUCAGUUUACUCAGAAGCUCCCAUCAAAAAGGUCUCAGCUUCAAAGAACAGUGACGAAUUGGUAAAGCUCAGAAAAAGUCCAAGCUUAGGGUCGUCAACAAAGUUGAGAUCAACCGGAACUUCGCCGGUAAAAGCAAGAUCAUCACCAAAAGCAUUACCUAUGAGUUCAUUUGGAAGAAGCAUAAAAACGAGGAAGGAUAGUCGAUUGCCUUUGAGUCCAAUGAGUCCACUAAGUCCAAGGAGACGUAGACAGCAAACUGGUCAUGCUUCUGACUCGGAGCUUACUUAGCUUUUUUCAUCAAAACCAGAUCAUUAAGAAGCUGGAGAAGUACUUCUAAGUCAGCAUUUCAUAGAUUCAGACGUGAGAAACACACAAAAAAAAAAGAAGAAAAAAAAAUGAGGUAAGGAUCUCUGAAUACUUUUUUUUGUCAGUUAAUUUAGAAGCUCCCCUUGGGAUUUUGUCUUCAGGAAUCAGGAGUAUUGGUUUUAUCAUCUUUUGUAGCUUUUUGCAAGUUACUUUUUCGAGCGGGUAAAAAAAUCAAGAACUUCAAUGGUUUUUGAGGUUGAUGGAUAUUAUUGUUGUAAUGGAUUUUUCUAAACAUAGUACAGCUUCAAAGUAAAAAAAUCAAGAUCUUAAAUGGUUUUUGGUAGCUAAUGCUGUGAUGGUUUUUCUUUGAAAAAAUUGCCAAAACACCACAGAAAAUCAACUACAUUGUCCCUAUAGCAUAAAUCUUUUUUUGGUCGGAUUUGGACAUAGAUGCCCUUGGCCAACUUCAAAAAAUCAUAUCAAUUAUUUUAAGAGUCAGAAAAAUAUGAAAAAUUAUUCAAAAUGUACAUAAACAUGAAACAAUCAUAUGAAAAAUAAUUUGGCUGACUAAAUAUUAGUGUAACACAAUUUUAUAUUUUGAUCUUCGGAUCGCAGAAAACAAAAUCUACUAACUACGGAUAUGUAGAUCGUAGUUUCGGUUAACUACAUAGGUAUCUGACGCAUGAAGAUAGUAAAGUCUACGGUUUCGUAAUAUGUCUACUACCGUAGAAAGAAAAGGUUACGGUUUUGCUUACGAUCUGAACCCCGAAAGAUUUCAUGAACUAGUGUCUCCUAUAUAACUACUGUCCCGGAAUCAUAGAAUCUGCCAGUUACUAAUCCUCUACCACGGUAAUAUUUCGUUAUCUACUAAGAUACUAUAACCUAUCUCUGUAGGAUUAUACAUUCUGCCGCCGUAUCUACCAUCAUAUAUCAAAGCUACGGGCAGCAGAAUGCAUGUUCUGCCAAAUUCGAAUUAUUUUCGAAAAUAUUCCUUAAAUCUCUCCAAAAUCUGUUGAGAAAUAUUCUGUAAAUCUUUAAUUUUCUAAAUUUUACGUGUUUCCUAAAGUUAUGUUUUCUAAAAAAUAACUGUGAUCUCUCUUCUUCUUCUUCACAACUUCUUGAUUAAUUUUGAAACCACCCCAAAAAUUUGAAUCCCUUGUUGAAGAAUAUGCAUAUCUAUGCCUCUUGUGGGGUGUGGAAAUUUGAUCCCUGUAAAGGAUGGGGAUUUGCUUUUGAUAAGGAAAAAGGAGGAAGAGUACUUGCUGUGGAAUUGACAAGUUCCUUUGAAGAUCUAAGGACUACGACUUUUGAGGAUUUUGGCAUUGACCAAAACGAUGUCGAGCUUGAGUUAAGCUACUUACCUAUGGAGUUAAUCAGUACGAUAGACUGUCCUCCAGUUAUCAUUGGGAAUGAUCGGCAAGUCAAGAAUUUUCUUACAUAUGUACGUGGAAAAGCUUCUUCAAGGUUGUGUGUGUCUAUUUCACCUCUCAAUGCAAACAACGACAACAUUGAGCUUGAUAAGGAGCAAUCUAACGCGUCUGGCAGAGACCGACGUGAGCCUCCCUCCGUUUCACCUGGAGAUGACAUUGGUAGUUCUUCUCAAUCGAGCAAGGAUGGUGAAGACGAAUGUAACUUGAACGCCUUGAAAGAAAAUGAAGAUGCUGACUUAAGUGGAAAAGAAGAGGAUAGGGGAAAAAGUGUUCGGUUCUCUUUGAAGCAUGUUGUGAAGACGGGUGAAACGUUUCAAAACAAAUCUAAGUUAAAAGCAGCAUUGGAAAUGUCAGCAAUGAAGAAUAACUUCGAUUAUAAAGUUGUGAAUUCUGAUAGAAAACUUUGGUACAUCCGAUGCGUGGACAACAAGUGUAGGUGGAGUGUUCGUGCUGAGGGGUUAUCAGGAUCUACAUAUUUUAUCAUCAAAAAAUAUGUGGCGGAUCAUACAUGUGCUGCGUCAAAUAUGGAUAAUGGUGGUCGGACAGCUUCUGCAAAAACUAUUGAGAGUCUAAUAAUGCAUAGGUAUGAUGGUGUCAAAGAAGGUCCGAAAGCUAAUGAUAUCAUACAGAUUAUGAGAAUGGAACAUGGAUGCGAGAUAUCGAAAUCAUUAGCGUGGGACGCUCGUGAGUAUGCGAUUAAUCUGGUUAGAGGCAUUCCCGAGCAGAGUUUUGGAAAAAUUCCGAAAUACUUGCACAUGCUGAAAGAAGCUAAUCCAUGAACACACACUUUUUACGAAACCGAUGUCGAUGGUAAAUUAAAAUUUCUCUUUCUUUCGUUUGGGCAAUCAGUACGAGGAUUUCAUACAUCCAUGCGAAAAGUUCUUGUUGUUGAUGGGACAUUUUUGAAGAGCAAAUACAAAGGAGUAUUACUUGUUGCGACAGCUUUAGAUGGAAACUCCAACUUGUAUCCUAUUGCAUUUGCUGUUGUCGACUCGGAAAAUGAUCGUUCAUGGAAUUGGUUUUUCAGACAACUAAAGGUUGUUGUUCCGGACGAGCGUGCUCUUGCGUUUGUGUCGGACAGAAAUAACUCACUUUGUAAGGGGCUUGAGAAUGUGUAUCCUCUUUCUCAACAUGGAAUUUGUAUUCACCAUUUGUUAAAUAAUGUGGUCACACAUUACAGAGGAAAAGGAGUGGUUGGAUUGAUUGCAAAAGCUUCUAAAGCUUAUAGAGUUGUUGAUUUUCAGAAGCGAUUCGAAGCUGUGUGCAAUAUUAGUCCAGCUAUUGGAGAAUAUUUAACAGAUGCAAAUGUUACAAAGUGGGCUCGCUGUCAGUUUCAAGGAUACAGGUAUGACAUCAGGACGACAAACCCGACUGAGUCAAUAAACUCUGCUUUGCGCUCACCAAGAGAGUAUCCAGUCAUUCCUUUGUUGGAUAGCAUCAGAGAAAUGCUUACCCGUUGGUUUUUCGAACGACGCACACGAAGCAGGAAGCACACAAUGCCAUUAACUAUUGCCAUCGAGAAAAAGAUAGAUAGACGGAUUAACAAGGGUAAAACGUUUCUUGUCCAGCCAGUUAACGAGCAUCGUUUUUUGGUUCGUGGAGAUACAAUCGACUGCCUAGUUGAUUUGGACAGAAGAACCUGCUCUUGUGGGAAAUAUGACCUACUGAAAAUCCCAUGUAGACACGCAAUCAAGGCUGGUUUAACAGUUAGCCGCGCCCCAUCCUCACUAACGGAUUUCAUGUACACGACUUCCAAUUGGAGAACAGCUUAUGAAGAAACUAUCAAUCCAAUAGGUGUUCCUGACGAUAGUUGGGUGGUUCCAAAUACUGUUCGGAAUGCCAGUGUGCUAGCUCCUGAAUCAAGAAGAGGAGCAGGAAGGAGAAGAAAGCGCAGGUAUGAGACUGUUGAAGACAAGCUCCGUUCGUCGCAAGGAGCUCAAGAAAAAAAGAGGCGCAGGUGCAGUCGAUGUGGCGAAGAGAAUCAUAACAGGGCUACGUGUGACAGAGCUAUUUAGACAUGUCUUUGUUUUCGAUUUUCUUGUUUUUCAUUUUGGUGUUGGUUACUUGAUUUGUUUGGUUUUCUUGCUUCUGGAUUUUCUUGUUCUUGGAUAUGGUUUACUUCAUUUUAUGCAAUCAUUCCUUCGUUUUCUGCAAUGUUAUAUAUUUGACAAUAAGUUGUAAACUGAAGCUGAUCAAUAUGUUUCUCUGCAACUUUUACUCUUUAAAAAACAUGAAAUAGACUCUGAACUGAAGCUGCUUAUAAAGCCAACGAUUGUAAACAAGAAUCCAUAGAGUAUAUUAGUCAAAAUAAUGAAAAACAAAACUGCAAACUUAAUAGAUUCUGAAGAAAAUCAAACUCAGACAACAAGCAACCGACAACUAGAACUUGCUCAGACACGAAGAGAAGUCCAUAUUCCUACGAUUGCUCCUACAACUACCAUAGCCACCGUUGCAAUCUUUAGCUUGUGUUUCAUCUCGUGUGCAACUCUAGCAAUCUCCAAGUCUACCUUCUCUUUAAGCUUUUCGGACAUCUGACGUUCAACUCUAACCAUCUCGGACUUCACCUUUUCCAUAACCCUUUCUUCAAACUUCGUAAUCACUGGAGCAACCCUCUCAUGUUUCGCAUCGACCAUCCGAAUUUCCUCAAUCAAAGCUUCAUCAAUCUAUUUAAAUAGAUGAUUCUCAGUUUUUCUCUAGCGCAAAAGAAACAAAAUUCAGUCAGUAUUGUAUUAUGAACUGUAAAUCUAAGUGAUAUAGUAUGGUUUAAUCUGCAACACGAAAUCAAAACAGGGACUUACAUCUCUCGCGAUUUCGCAUUGGUAGAAUCGUCGAUACCUAUUCUCCGCCGUCGAUGAACCAAACGCGGUUAUGCCCUCGCCAUACCAACAUCUUGUAGGCACACCAUGAGUAGAGAUUCGAGGAAAACGAGUAGAAGAUGUUGACGAACUGGUCAUUGCGAUUUUGUUGCUAGAUUCGCAGAUAAAGAACCCUAAUCCCCUUUUCUCUAUACUUUAUGUUCUUAAGUUUCGACAAAUGAAAAGAAACUCACGUGUUUGGGGGUGUGUGGACCCGGGUUUAGGGUCGGAUUUUAAAAAUUUUCGGGUGGGCCUAGUGGGUAUAAACCGUAAUUGGGUUAUACUCUAAAACACUUAUAUUAGCUGCUCAAAUGCUACACUCUAAUACAUAAAAAUCGACUUCUGAGAAGUAUAUGAAGACAAAAUUUGAAAAUACUAACCCGUAAAUCAUAUCUUAGGAAUCAAUUAAAAUCGUCAUGUUACAUAUUAUAUUAUCAAGAAAUUGUUAAACCCACAAUUCUUAUUUACUCUUGUUAAAUACUACACUCUAUAAAUCGAUUUUAACAAUUUCUUGAUAAUAUAAUAUGUAACAAUUGUGAUAGUUUAGGGGUUUAGGGGUUUGAACCGUAAUGAAUUUAGGGGUUUCAACCCGUUUUUAUUUAAAAUGAAAACUAUCAUAACAACUAACAACAACAAUUAACCAUGAACUCAAAUAAAUUAGAUAGGGUUGAAACCCUAUACCCUAAAUCACUUAAUAUAUUAGUUUCGAAACAUAAACAAUAAUCGUGAACUGAAAUAGUAGAUCAGUUUCAAAACAAUCAAAGUAGUGCAUGAACUGAAAUGAUAAACCACAAACUAUCAAAGACAACAA